AUGAAGCUGCAGAAUAAAAUCCCGACAAUACAAAUUGCAGGUGACAGUGAACCCCUUCACUGGUGUCUUUUGGCGGAUAUUUGCAAUCACACCUGGAUCCCCGAGUGUGGAGCGGAAGAUGACAUCCCGGCCAAUAGAAAACUGUUUAUUGAUGAAUGUGACAUGUAUGAAUACAACUGUGAUUACGAAAGAGAUUAUGAGCCAAUAAAUUAUUCAGACUGCUUCAAUAUACCAGCGACGGGUUGUCCACCAGUCAAGCCAUGUCCUGAAAUACCCCCAUGUCCCGACCACAGAUUACAAAAGAAAGGCGAUAAGUACAAAUUUAUAAGAACUACUCCACGAGAUUCUCUUAGACGGCAUAGGAGAACUACGACAGAAAUAUCUCUGCCAAAGCAUAUGCUGAGGGGAAGAAGGCGGUACACACCGUGGUUGGCAAGGACGCGUAAGCCCGCGGACCCUUGUUUGUUAGCCCAGAUUUGCAAUCACACUGGUAUUCCAGUAUGUGGAAAACACAAGGAGACAGAGCAGCGAAAGUUUUUAGAUGAGUGUGAUAUGUUUGAGUAUAAUUGCGAUUACCACAAAGAAUUCAGUCAGAUUAAUAUUGAAGAAUGUGACGAAACUACGUCAAUAACUACAACAUCUACGGCACCAAGUUCCUCAACAGGAACAACAACUAGUUCUCCAUAUACAACUACAGCUGCUAGCACGACAUCUACUACAACUCCUAGUACAACAUUUACUACAACCGAAAAAACAACCAGUACCACAUCUACUACAACUGAAACUACAACACCUAGUACAACUUCUACCACAGUUGAAACUACAACUACUAGAAGGACAUCUAGUCCAAUAGAGUCAACUACUAUUACAACAGAAGAGCCAUCUACAAAAUCAGCUGUUAGUGAAUUGACAAUUAAAUACACUUGUACAUCAGGCAUAGCUACUAUUUCAACAUCACCUUUACCGAUUACUUCCUUAACUGAUGUUACGAGACCGCAUCCACCUUCAACAUCAAUAACAACACCCAGCACAACAACGGUACUUACAACAGUUCAAUCAACAACUACUACAGCACCAGCAACGCUCGUGACAUGUAGCACGUAUCCAAAAGAUUGUGACAGACCAGUAACAUGGGAAACAACGUCUAAGGGGGAAACACGAGAUUUCUAUCAAAUAUUAAGAGACCGAUGUGGAGAUCGCGUGAAGCUUUUAAGAGCAACGACGCACUGGCCGAUUCCCGCUGUGGUCUACAGGUACAAUGAAGAGAAUUUUCGUUUCGGCCGCCAUAACGAAGGUUAA